CAUGCGGGCGUGACCCGGUCCGUGAGGGACUGGCGGGAUUUCUGAAAGUCGCGCCAGUAGUGCGAGUUGCGCGCUGACCCGGGACUUGGGAAAACUGAGGUGCCCGCGAAGCAUUAGGAGUUCGCGCGUGUUCUGCAGGUGACCUGGUAAAGCAGCCGAGGAGCGGGUGACCCGGGUGCGAGUGGUGCGGGCUAAGCCGCUGAGGGAGGGAGCGCCGGGCCCUGUAAUGGCAAUGCAGAUGCAGCUUGAAGCAAAUGCAGAUACUUCAGUGGAAGAAGAAAGCUUUGGUCCACAACCUAUUUCACGUUUAGAGCAGUGUGGCAUAAAUGCCAAUGAUGUGAAGAAAUUAGAAGAAGCUGGAUUCCAUACUGUAGAGGCUGUUGCCUAUGCACCAAAGAAGGAGCUCAUAAAUAUUAAAGGGAUUAGUGAAGCCAAAGCUGACAAAAUUCUGGCUGAGGCAGCUAAAUUGGUUCCAAUGGGUUUCACCACAGCAACUGAAUUUCACCAAAGGCGAUCAGAAAUCAUACAGAUUACUACUGGCUCCAAAGAGCUUGACAAACUGCUUCAAGGUGGAAUUGAGACAGGAUCUAUCACAGAGAUGUUUGGAGAAUUCCGAACUGGGAAGACCCAGAUCUGUCAUACAUUGGCUGUAACAUGCCAGCUUCCCAUUGAUCGUGGUGGAGGUGAAGGAAAGGCUAUGUAUAUUGACACUGAGGGUACCUUUAGGCCAGAACGGCUGCUAGCAGUGGCUGAAAGGUAUGGUCUCUCUGGAAGUGAUGUCCUAGAUAAUGUAGCAUAUGCUCGAGGGUUCAACACAGACCACCAGACCCAGCUCCUUUAUCAAGCAUCAGCUAUGAUGGUAGAGUCCAGGUAUGCACUGCUUAUUGUAGACAGUGCCACCGCCCUCUACAGAACAGACUACUCAGGACGAGGAGAGCUCUCAGCCAGGCAAAUGCAUUUAGCCAGGUUCCUAAGGAUGCUGUUGCGACUUGCUGAUGAGUUUGGUGUAGCAGUGGUAAUCACCAACCAGGUGGUGGCCCAAGUAGAUGGAGCAGCCAUGUUUGCUGCAGAUCCCAAAAAGCCCAUUGGAGGGAAUAUCAUCGCCCAUGCGUCAACAACUAGGCUGUAUCUGCGGAAAGGAAGAGGGGAAACCAGAAUCUGCAAAAUCUAUGACUCUCCCUGCCUUCCUGAAGCUGAAGCUAUGUUUGCCAUCAAUGCAGAUGGAGUGGGAGAUGCCAAAGACUGAAUCUUUAGUGGCUUUUCCUGUGAUAAACUUUAAGUACUAGAGCCUAAUGGAGAAGCUGCUCCCUGGGAUUCUUCACAGGCCUCUUCCUGUUUUGACUGCCAGAACGUGGUUUCCAGGAAAACAGCUAUUCUAUCAGCUUUCUGGUGGUAUAAACAGGAGACAGGUCAGUAUUCAAACUGAUCUGGAGUGUUUAUUUCUUCUGGAGUGUGUUAAUAUCUGAUUCCUUUGGUGUUUAGAGGAGAGGGUAUGAAAUACCUUUGACACAGUACUUUGGGAAUGACUCAGAUCUGACAGCUAUCUAUUAGACAAUCUUACAUCUCUGAGAGAAGUAUGGCUGGGAAGACCAGAGUCUUCUCUCACUUCUAAACAACAGUAAAACAAAAUGCCUGAGGAUCUUUAACUAUGGGAAUGGGUAUAUUUACAACAUUCUUUUUCUUUACCAAUAAAAAUCAGAAACAAGCUAUAAAGUUGUAUGACUGAACGCUCACAUAAUAAAAAAUUUGUUUUGGCUAUGGAGUCUUGCAUUAGGCCUGCUAGACUGCCAGCCCUUGAGCUUCAUGCUUAUUCUUUUAAUUACUAAGACUUAACUCUGGGAUGUUAAGCAUUUCAGAUGCUAGUUCACUGUGAGGUUGCUAAUAGUUAUUUGCAGUGAAUAUACUGUUUAUAGGAGUUAUUCUGGUGCAAAUGAAUAUUGCAAAUAGGUUUUCCAUAAUAUCUUUAGGGUACUGAGUAGUUAUUAGGUUCUGUAAGAUUUGAAAACAGCCGGGCGUGGUGGUGCACGCCUUUAAUCCCAGCACUUGGGAGGCAGAGGCAGGCGGAUCUCCGAGUUCAAGGCCAGCCUGGUCUACAUAGUUCCAGGACAGCUGGGGCUACAGGGAGACCCUGUCUCAAAAAGACCGAAAAAAAAAAAAAAAAGAUUUGAAAACUGUAAAGUCCUACAUUCAGGUGAUUGCACUUAUAUCAGCCUAUGGAAAAUAUCACCAGACUGAUCUACUGUGCCUCUCCUAUGGUCUUAGUUUUUAUUCUGUAAUUCCCAUGUUGAAAUCUGACACUUGCCCAGAUCAUUCUACUUUAGCA